CAAUGUGUUUCACAUAUUAAAAGUUAGAACAUUAUAUACUCCUUACUUUUACUGGUUAUAAAUGCCAAACUUAUCUAAUGUAUUGUUCGUGUUUCAUCUUUUAACAUUCUGUUUGAUAUAUUGGACCAACAACUUCCUUCCACAUUUUCAGGGAUCUGGUAUAUUGUGGAACAAGUAUGAUUUUCCUGUAUUCUUGCUCUCGGAGAGUAGUACGAAGACCAUCCAAGAGGUUUCUGAAGAAAUUUUGAAGAGACAGAGAUCUUAUACCACUGUUGUGGCUGAGUUUGAUCUUGUGAUGCAGACAGUGAAAGCUGGAACUCGUGAUUCAGAAUCUUGUUUGAAAGAGGAGACCUGCCUUCCAUUAGGGGGAUACAGUGUUUGGUCAUCACUUCCUUCGCUUAAUAUCUCCUCCUUAGAUCAGGGUAAGCCUAUUAUAUUGACUGUGGCGUCAAUGGAUUCGGCUUCAUUUUUCCGUGACAAAAGCCUUGGUGCAGACUCCCCAAUAUCAAUAAGUUUUAAGUCUUAUCAUGGCAUGAUUGCACUCUUGGCAGCGGGCAAUGCACUAUCACAUUUGGAGGCUUUCCAUGACCUUAAUAAAAAGUAUAUGAUUUUCAAUACGUCUUUAGACAUAUUCUUGUGCAAUAUUACAUUUGAUUCUUCUUACUGUGUUACUGUUAUUCUUGUUUUUCAUGAGGAAUUUGGUAUUCUUGAAGGUUUAAUGACAACUGUUCAUGCAACUACAUCAACACAGAAGACUGUUGAUGGCCCAUCAAUGAAGGAUUGGAGAGGAGGCCGUGGAGCUAGAAAAAAUAUCAUUCCUAGUUCUAUUGGUGCUGCAAAGGCUGUUGGAAAGGUUCUCCCAGAACUGAAUGGAAAACUUACUGGAAUGGCCUUCCGUGUUCCAACUCCUAAUGUCUCGGUGGUGGACCUAACUUCUCGACUUGAGAAGAGUGCUUCCUAUGAAGAUGUCAAGGCAGCCAUAAAGUAUGCAUUAGAGGGACCACUUAAAGGCAUUCUUGGGUACACAAAUGAAGACGUUGUCUCCAAUGAUUUUGUUGGUGACACAAGGUAUAAUUUAUUUGAUGUGUAUUUUUAAUACAUUUUAAUUACACUGAUGGAACUAUUGGCAAUGUCAUGCGUAAGAAGUCUGUUUUCAUCUUGCUAAUAUUCUCUUAACUAGUUUUUUUAAAUGGCCCAGAAAAAUCCAUUGAAAAAAACAAGAUCAUAUUGGGGAAACUAAUAGUAGUUAUGCUGUUAUUUGUUAAAAUUUGUUUUUUAACAUUUGGAUGAUGUAAUUUUUCUAAGCAUAUCCUCUACCUUUACCAUAAGACCUUGUACAACUUGCCUUCAAUUGCUAACCAAUGGUUAAUUUUGUGGUCUUGCCAAUCAACUAUCUCCCUCUCUUGGUUCUAUAUCCUUUCAUUUCAUUCUUGUCAAUUCAUCUCAUCAAAAGUGAUAACUUUCUGUGUGUGUGUGUGUGUUUUUUUAUUAAUGGUUAUUUGUUGCAGUUCCACCAUUGCUUUCAAGAUCAUAUCUUUAGUCAAUUUUAUGGGGUCCAUUGUCACCUAAACAAUCACUGAUCAUCUUUUGUUUUGCAUACUCUGAUAUUUUGGUCUCCUAUCACCACAGAAAACAUGU